UUGGGAGUUGGUGGCGGUAGCGGAAGUCCAAGCACAGGCCGCCUCCGUGGGGGAAAGCCGGGUCGAGUCUGCCGCCUCUGCCGCCUCUGCCGCCCCAACGCUCGACGGCCGUGGACGUCAUGGCUUCCCCGCUGAAGCUGAAGCUGGAGCAGGACGUGCAGGGGAAAGUAGAUUCGUUUCGGGCCCGCAUCGCGCAGGAGGCCGAGGAUCUCGUGUCCACCUUCUUCCCCCAGAAGCUGUCGGAGCUGGAUAGUCGCGUCCAGGAGCUCCUCCUGCAAGACCUGUCCAGAAUCCGUUCGGUGCCGGCCCUGGAGCCCCCCGCCGCCCCCGCCACCGCGGGGGAUGGGCCCACCCGGGACCCGCCGCCUCUGCAGACCCAGGCCUCGGGCAGAGUGCCGGCCCUGCCAGGCGGCGAGGGACAGCUGCUGUGCAGCAACCAGCAUCUGGUGGAGCUGAUCGAGCGGGUCAAGCCCGAGGUCGAGCUGCUGCGGGAGAAGUGCAACACGGUGCGCAUGUGGGUGCAGCUGCUCAUCCCGAAGGUGGAGGACGGCAACAACUUCGGGGUGUCCAUCCAGGAGGACACCGUGGACCAGCUGUGGACCGUGGAGAGCACGGCGGCCUCCUAUCUGCGCCGCUUCUCCACCUACUACAACACCAGGGCCAAGCUGGUGUCCAAGAUCGUGAAAUACCCGCAGGUGGAAGACUAUCGCCGCACGGUGGCCGAGGUGGACGAGAACGAGUACCUGAGUGUGCGCCAGAUCCUGCUGCACGUGCGGAACCAGUACGCCACCCUGCACGACGUGAUCCUCAAAAACAUCGAGAAGAUCAAGACCCCUCGGAGCAGCAACACCGACAGCCUCUACUGAGGGCCUGCCUCCUCCCUUCUUUCCCGAGGGAGGUGGCCGGGCUGUUGAGGCAGCCGGACGGCGUUAUAAUGACCGUGUAGGUGCUGAACCGACUGGAGACGUGCCUUCCUGUUGAGUGACCGUUUCGUACAGCUUGUCUUCACACUUCUGGUGCUUCUGGUGUAGUUCUUACUGGCUUUUUCCUUCACCCAGAGGCCGGGACAAGCCACGUGGUAGAAGGUGGUAGGGUUGGCCUAGGAGAAGGAUUACCGUUUUUAAAAGCAGCUGCGUAGAUGCCUGUUGGCCAGGGUGUCUUUUUCAUGACAUUGCUGACGUCGAAUGUUUGAGGGGUUUUACUCCAAGAAAAACCUGAAGUUUAAAAGAAAGUUAAAGGAAGCUUUUCCUAAGGUUCUGCUGUGUUACUUUGUUCAAACCUCAGAAAUGCUUUUUGCCUUUUUUUUUUUUUUUUUUGUCAAGGAAAGGAGUUUACAGAGAUGUGUCGAGGUCUGUGUAUGCCUCCAGUUUGGCAGAUUGAAAUAAAACUUGGUUUUAACAUUUUA